AAUUUUGGCCAUGCCAAUAAAACCCCAACAUCGAUCGAAACCAUCUUCAAAACACAGAGUUGUCAAGCAGCAAUGGCGUAUAUCACCGCCAGGCGUAACUUAGCAACGCUCCUAACCCGAGCUCUCUCAUCUUCUUCUUCUUCUUCACGCACUCGCUUCUCUCCUGCUCUCUUCAACAAAAUCCAAACCCCACUUAUCCCGGACUCACUCAAAACCCUGACCCGAUCCAAAACAACCGGGUCGGGCUACUCUCCAUUAAACGACCCGUCACCAAACUGGACAAAUCGGCCGCCAAAAGAAACGAUUCUUCUCGAUGGCUGUGAUUAUAAUCAUUGGCUUAUUGUUAUGGAGUUUCCAAAUGACCCCAAACCCACAGAAGAAGAAAUGAUUAGCGCUUAUGUCAAAACCCUUUCUUCUGUUUUGGGCAGUGAGGAGGAAGCAAAGAAGAGUAUUUAUUCCGUUUCUACGACGACGUAUACUGGGUUUGGUGCUUUAAUAUCUGAAGAGCUUUCUUAUAAAGUUAAAGCGUUGCCUGGAGUGCUUUGGGUUUUGCCAGACUCGUAUCUUGAUGUUCCUAACAAAGAUUAUGGAGGGGAUUUGUACGAGGAUGGGAAGGUCAUCCAUAGGCCCCAAUAUAGGUACAAUGAAAGGCAGCAGCAGACUAGGAACAGGCCUCGACCUCGGUAUGAUAGGCGCCGUGAAACAAUGCAGGUUGAGAGGAGAGAAACAGUGCAAAGACAGAAUUGGAGUCAAGAUCCGAGACCACCUGUAAAGCAACCCGCAUCGGAUAAUGUCCAGAAUUCCACCCAGGGUGGUGGAGGAGAGUUCUCUAUGAAUCAAGGGCAGUUUAACCAGAGCACGUAGUAAGAAUUUAUAAUGUUCAUAGCUCAAGAAUUCACUGUGUGGUUCCAAAACUUAGGAUUUUACGCAGGUUGAUGUCCCUUUUUUGUAUUUGGUUUGGAAUGACAUGGGUCUUGCACUAUCUAUGAUUGAUAAAUUUAUGCAUUUUGUCUAGAA